AUGUCCAAAUUGAAAUCAGCUUCAUUUCUUCUUUCGUGUAGUUUACCACUCGUUUCUUAUUACUUUCUCUAUCAACAUCCACAGAGAAUGGAUGUAUUGACUGAGAAUUUCCUCGAUCAAUUAAAACAACAAGGUCCGAAUGCAAAACGUUUUCCCUCAACUUUUCCAGUCGUCUUUAAACAAAACUCUGUCGAAAGAGAAAACAAGGGAUCACAAGGACAAGCCACUGUUUCCUUCGAUUUUGAUAACAAAUUUCCAAUUAGUAAUGCUGUGAAUAUUGCCUUGAAUGAGCAUGGACAACGAGUUGCUGGUAAUGGUUCAAACUCUCAUCAAUCGGCCUCUUUUAAAGCCAAGAUGGUACAUUAUAUUUGGAUGUAUGAUGAAGCCACUCUGAAUAAUAAGCCUCUUCCGAGUGAUAUGUUCAAACCCUUCGAUGAUACUUUCUACUCAUCGAGAAUGUAUCAAAUUCAUCGUGGUUUAUGUAUUUUACCAAUUAUUCAUUUGAUUGCUUCAGUUGCCAUGAGAAGAAAAUUAUAA